AAGGCCUGGGCCCAGGUGGGACGAGCGGCCAGCAUACAGGUUCGAGCUCAGGCUUCUGCAGUCUCCGCUCUACCACCGCAGCCCUCUCUGAGCCUGCUGCUUCGUCUCCCAAGUGGGAAUAGGAUUGAAAGAGACGAUGCAUACAUAGAAAGCGCUUGGCACAAUGGAGGCCGUCAACAAAUGGGAGUUGACUCUUGUAAUCUGUUCGUUCCACAAACUUCCCUGGACCUGGUGACUAAGCGGAGCUGGGGCCCUCACCCAGAAGUGAAGGUGGACAAAGACCGACAGAUGGUGGUGCUCGAGGAAGAAUUUCAGAACAUUUCUCCAGAGGAACUAAAAACAGAAUUGCCAGAGAGACAGCCCAGGUUCGUGGUUUACAGCUACAAGUACGUGCACGAGGACGGCCGAGUGUCCUACCCUCUGUGCUUCAUCUUCUCCAGUCCCGUGGGCUGCAAGCCUGAACAGCAGAUGAUGUAUGCAGGGAGUAAAAACAGACUGGUGCAGACUGCCGAGCUCACAAAGGUGUUUGAAAUCCGCACCACUGAUGACCUCACCGAGGCCUGGCUCCAAGAGAAGUUGUCUUUCUUUCGUUGACCUCUGGGCUGGGGAACUGAAUUCCUGAUGUCGGAGUCCCCGAAGAAACUGGGGACUGGGACCCCUAGGACCUGAACGUCUGAGACCCGAAGGAAAUUAAAAUGCAAGAACUCAGAGAA